AUGGCACGUACAACAAAGAAUCGUGUUCCAUUCAAUGAAAUUGAAGGAAUUGCAUCAACAAAUGUUCCAGCUUAUUCAAACAAAAAUAGUAGUAUAUUUAAUACAGGUAGUCAUUAUGUUCAUGGCAUCUAUACUGGUUAUCAAUGGCAAUGUGUGGAAUUUGCUCGUCGUUGGUUAUUAAUACGUAAAAGUUGUACAUUUCAAGAUAUUCCAUGUGCUUGUAAUAUUUGGAAUGAUGUACCACAUAUUGAACGAGUUACUGAUGGUCAACGAUUUUCAUUACGUCCAGUUGCUAAUGGUUCAUCAGAACCACCGAAAAAAGAUUCAUUACUUAUUUAUGCUCGUAGUCGAAAGAUGCCAUUUGGACAUGUUGCUGUAAUUACUGAUGUUGUGUCCGGUUAUGUUCAUAUUGCUGAACAGAAUAAUUUAUAUAAUUAUUGGCCAGGUGAUUAUGCUCGUCGAGAACCAUUAAGAUUUGAAAAUGAUCUUUAUUAUAUUGAUGAUAAACACAAAAUGUAUGGUUGGAUGGAAAUUCAAGAUAAUGAUCAAUUAGAACCAUUUGAUGAAUCAAAUAAAGAUAAAAUUCUUCAACAGUAUAUAUCUCGUCAAUCAGAAGGAAUAUUUCAACGUUUAUUUAGUUCAAAAAAAGAUAAAGACUCUGAAAAGACGAAUAAUGAUUAA